CCCAGAGCGAUCGCGGGGCAGCUCGGCAGCUCCGCGAUCGCUCUCGGACAGCGGCGCUGGAGGGUGCUGGAGCAGGGAGGGACGCUCAGAGAGCGCUGCGGGACACCCCGAGCUGCCACCACGUCCCCUCCGUUGUCGCCAGACCUGUACCGAAAGGUGUUGGUGUUCGGGAAGGAUCCCAGCGACGCCUUCGUGGUGCUGCGGGCGCGGCUGGAGCAGCCCCUGCACAACUUCACCGUGUGCCUGCGCUCCUACACCGACCUCAGCCGCCCCCACAGCCUCUUCUCGUACGCCACCAAAGCCCAGGACAACGAGAUCCUGCUCUUCAAGCCCAAACCCGAGGAAUACCGCUUUUACGUGGGGGGCAAGUUCGUCACCUUCCGUGUCCCCGAGAGCCGCAGGGACUGGGAGCACGUCUGCGCCAGCUGGGAAUCCGCCACCGGCAUCGCCGAAUUUUGGCUCAACGGGAAACCCUGGCCGAGGAAGGGGCUGCAGAGGGGCUACGCGGUGGGGGCCACGGCCUCCAUCCUGCUGGGGCAGGAGCAGGACAGUUUCGGGGGCGGCUUUGACCUCUACAACUCCUUCUCGGGGGAGCUGAGCGAUGUCUACCUGUGGGACACGGGGCUGUCCCCGGAGAAGAUGCGCGCAGCUUUCCUGUCCCUGCGCCUGCCGCCCGCCCUGCUGGCCUGGAAGAGCCUCAGCUACGAGGUGAAGGGAGAUGUGGUGGUGAAACCCCGGCUGCGGGAGGCGCUGGGGGCCUGAGGGCGGCGGGCUGUGGGGCAGGAGCGGCUUCGGUCGCACUGUCCCCCUCCUCACCCCCAUCUCCGCAU